AUGUGUAAAUCUCAGGAAAAUUUGAAUGGAACUGUACAAGAUGACUUUGGUUGUCUUCGAGUUAUUGUCUUACCUAUUGUACCGUGCACAUUUUUCUGGCUUCUACUACCAGUUUUUUGCACACAGAUUUAUCGGAUUCGAGUAAAUAGAGGACUGCGUUCUAAGUCGCUACCAUGGACAGUCCUAUUGAUUACUAAGACUGUACUAAUGAUAUAUUUGUUAAUAAGCGCACUUGCAAAACUUGUUAUUAUUCUAUAUUAUAAUGGAAGCAAUGCAAAUACACCACUCAUUGACUUUCUAUAUCCAUCCAUUACAGCGCUUACUACGUCAAUGCAAGACAUGGACAAGGCUUGUUUUGUCUUUCAUCAGGUGUGGUAUCCAUUUGUCGUCGCUCAGGCAUUAUUGUUCUGUUUUGCCGAUUAUCGAGAGCCAUUCCUAAUUGAAACAAGAAAACAAAUGAAUCUGUCACCUGAACUGGACAGCUCAUUCCUGAAUCGUUUAUCAUUCUGGUGGUUUACAACAAUUCAACUGCUUGGUGCUCGAAAAACAUUGGUUAUUGAUGAUUUAUAUCUGCUUAAUGAGGGCAACAUUGCUGAAUAUUUGUCCACCAAAUGGAAAAAACUGUGGGAUCCCGUUGUUGAGGAUAUUAAAUUCGUUGCAGAUUAUCGUAAAAAACAGUUUUAUGAAAGCACGCUGCAAAACGACAAUACUUCUAAAUGCUCCAAAAAAAAAAAUGGACCGAAACCGCCAUCAGUCGUGUGGCGAUUAUUUCUUAUGUUUCGCUUUGAAAUUUUAUCAGCAUCAGCUAUCAAAAUGCUAUCUGAUGUGAUACAACUUGCUAAUCCAUUUUUCCUUAACUUAUUACUAAAUUACAUAGUAAUUGGGGAUCACAUCUUUAUGAAAGGUAUAGUCUAUGUGUUAGCAAUGUUUGCAUGCGCUGAACUUCGCUCAUUCUUUCUCAAUUACUACUUUUACCUGAUGAUGCGAGUGGGUAUCAAAAUUCAGUCCACAAUGAUUACUGCUAUUUAUCGAAAGACAUUACGGCUGUCGAAUUCGGCUCGAAAAACCAGGACAGUGGGUGAAAUUGUAAACCUAAUGGCAAUUGAUGUAGAGAGCUUUCAGUCCUUUAUGCCGUACAUUCAGCAGUUCUGGUCAUGUCCAUUUCAGAUUACGAUAAUCUUAAUAUAUCUUUUCUUUACCAUUGGAACAUCAGCCGUUUGUGGCGUUAUUGUCAUGGUUCUGUUCUUACCACUGAAUGUUAUCAUUUCAGUUGUAGUCAAAAAAUGGCAGACCGAACGAAUGAGCUUGAAAGAUGAAAGAUUGAAAAUUUGUAAUGAAAUACUGAAUGGUAUAAAAGUAAUUAAGCUCUAUGCCUGGGAACUACCAAUGGAAAAAGUUGUCGAGCGUAUUCGACGUAAGGAGCUUUAUUUAAUCAGAAAAAUAGGCCUAACUAGGGCCGUGAUCGAUGCCAUGAAUACUUCCUCACCAUUUUUUGUCGCAAUGCUAACAUUUGCAACAUAUACAUUAUCAAGUUCCACUCAUAUCCUCACACCACAAAUCGCAUUUGUUUCAUUAACGCUUUUCAAUCAACUGCGCUCACCAAUGGCAAUGAUUGCAUGUUUAAUGAAACAAAUGGUAGAGGCAGUAGUAGCAAAUAGACGAAUUAAAAGUUUUUUGGUGGCAAAUGAACUCAAUCCAUUAACUAUUGAUCAUAUCACUGAUCAAUUCGAUGUAAGAAAUGCAGUGGAAAUCAGAGAUGCUCGUCUGAGUUGGAAUGCUAGGCCAUCGGAUACGGUAUUAGAAAUCGAUCAUUUCAUUAUACCAAAGAGAUCUGUAAUCGCUGUGGUUGGCAGAGUUGGGAGUGGCAAAAGUUCUCUUCUUAGCGCCAUUUUGGGUGAGAUGGAGAAAAUGAAAGGUUACAUCGGUGUAUCUGGUCGGAUAGCCACUGUUAGUCAGCAACCGUGGAUUCAGAAUUCAAGUUUUCGCGAUAACAUAAUAUUUGGGAAACAGUUUGACCGGAAACACUACGAUAAAAUUAUAGAAGCCUGUGCUUUAGCAAAAGAUUUGGCCAUUCAAUCAAAUGGAGAUGCCACUGAAAUUGGUGAAAAAGGUAUCAAUUUGUCCGGUGGUCAGAAAGCGCGUGUAGCUCUUGCUCGAGCGGUUUAUCAAGAUCGUGAUAUUUACCUGCUGGACGAUCCACUAUCAGCAGCAGAUAGUCAUGUUGGAGAGCAUAUUUUUGCAAAGGUAAUCGGUCACAAUGGAUUAUUGCGACAUAAAACAAGGGUUUUGGUAACGAAUAAUUUGGCAUAUCUGAAUAAAGUUGAUGUUGUUGCUUAUAUGCAAGAUAGGAAGUUAGCAGCAUUUGGUCCAUACAAAAAAUUACUUGAGCAAUCCAAGAGCUUUUCAAAAUUUAUCGAAGCAUGUCAGAGUGGAAAUGAAAAAGGACAGGAAUUGAAAAGAGAAAGUGAGGGGAGUGAUUCGGAUGACCGUUCACACUUGAAUAAAUACGAGGAAUCUGAAGCUGAGAAUCUGAAUGAAAGAAGUCCCAUCAAGUUUGAUCCCCGAAUUUCAACUUUAUCAACAUUGGAUCGAGAAUCGUCACAUAUUUUCCAUCAUCCCACCACAAUGAAAUCGCUUUCGGGUGGUCUGACAAGCAAUGAUAAAAAGGAAGAAAUGGGGAAAAUGAUUGCAGCUGAGAAGAUUGAAGUUGGCAGAGUAAGAUUUGGUGUUUAUACGCAGUACGCUCGAUCGGCAACUGUUUUAACGUCAUUUCUGUUUCUUUUUUUCUUCACAUCUUAUGGAAUUUUCCAGAUAGGACGUGGAUUAUGGCUAUCUGAAUGGUAG